UGGCAGAGGUUGCGGCCCGGUGGUCCCUGCUGCGCGCCCCGAGCCCCGCAAGCCAUGCAGAUGUCGUACGCCAUCCGGUGCGCUUUCUACCAGCUGCUGCUGGCCGCGCUAAUGCUGGUAGCGAUGCUGCAGCUGCUCUACCUGUCGCUGCUGUCCGGGCUGCAUGGGCAGGAGGAGCAAGACCAAUAUUUCGAGUUCUUCCCCCCGUCCCCGCGGUCGGUGGACCAAGUCAAGGCGCAGCUCCGCACCGCGCUGGCCUCCGGAGGCGUCCUGGACGCUAGCGGUGACUACCGCGUCUACAGGGGCCUACUGAAGACCACCAUGGACCCCAACGAUGUGAUCCUGGCGACGCACGCCAGUGUGGACAACCUGCUGCAUCUAUCGGGCCUGUUGGAGCGUUGGGAGGGCCCGCUCUCCGUGUCGGUGUUCGCGGCCACCAAGGAGGAGGCGCAGCUGGCCACGGUGCUGACCUAUGCGCUGAGCAGCCACUGCCCCGAUAUGCGCGCCAGGGUCGCCAUGCACCUGGUGUGCCCCUCACGCUAUGAGGCCGCCGUGCCCGAUCCUCGGGAGCCAGGAGAGUUUGCCCUGUUGCGGUCCUGCCAGGAGGUCUUUGACAAACUAGCCAGGGUAGCCCAGCCCGGGAUCAAUUAUGCACUGGGCACCAAUGUCUCCUACCCCAAUAACCUGUUGAGGAAUCUGGCUCGUGAGGGGGCCAACUAUGCCCUGGUAAUCGACGUGGACAUGGUGCCCAGCGAGGGGCUGUGGAGAGGCCUGCGGGAAAUGCUGGAUCAGAGCAAGCAGUGGGCGGGCACAGCGCUGGUGGUGCCCGCCUUUGAGAUCCGUCGAGCUCGCCGCAUGCCCACUAACAAAAACGAGCUGCUGCAGCUCUACCAGGUGGGCGAGGUGCGGCCUUUCUAUUAUGGGCUGUGCACGCCCUGCCAAGCGCCCACCAACUACUCCCGCUGGGUCAACCUGCCAGAAGAGACCUUGCUGAGGCCUUCCUAUGUGGUGCCCUGGCAGGACCCCUGGGAGCCAUUCUACGUGGCCGGAGGCAAGGUGCCCACUUUCGACGAGCGCUUUCGGCAGUAUGGCUUCAAUCGCAUCAGCCAGGCUUGUGAGUUGCACGUGGCAGGAUUCGAUUUUGAGGUGCUGAACGAAGGUUUCCUGGUUCAUAAAGGCUUCAAAGAAGCUUUGAAAUUCCACCCCCAAAAGGAGGCCGAAAAUCAGCACAAUAAGAUCCUUUACCGUCAGUUCAAGCAGGAGUUGAAGGCCAAGUACCCCGACUCCCCACGUCACUGCUGAGCCCUUCCUUCCCCUAGUCUGAGAAGUCUCAGCCUCCUCCCUCCUUAGGCCGCCCCUCAGGCCUGACUGGGGUAAGAAACGUCA